AUGGGGGUUGCAACUUUGGAUAAAGGGAACAAAGAAAAGUACAUAACCCAUUUAAUAGUAUGCCAUGCAGAAACAGUCAGAGGAUUAACAUUUAAUGAAAACAUGAAGGAAUUAUUACAAAAAUUAGAAUUUACAAUAGGUGAGCAGGAAGUGGAAGCUAUCAUUAAUAUUAAAGAUGAGAGAUUAGACACUGUUGCUAAAGCAAAUAAUGGUGAUAGUAUUUCUGUCAAUGGGACUUGUCUGACCGUGACAGAGUUUGAUAUUUCAGCUUCAUGGUUUAAAGUUGGACUUUCACCUGAAACUCUUAGAAGAACAAAUCUUGGAGAGUUGAAAGUUGAAAAUGUUAUCAUGCCAACUAAAAAAAUUGGUGAUAAAGUGAAUCUUGAAGUGGAUAUGUUGGGAAAAUAUGUUGAAAAAUUAAUUGAAUCAAAAUUAUUCAGUAGCAUUAAUAGUAGCAGUAGUAAUGAAAAUGGUGAAAAUUAUAUUGAAAGAAUUACUACAACUAUCGACACUUUCUCUAUUAAUGUUCAAAAUGAAUUAGCAUGUUAUUUGAGCACUCUACUAGAAGAUGAAACUGAACCUCUUGAUUGGUGUUAUGCACAAAGAAAAGAAUAUCCUAUUCUUAGUCUCAUUGCUCAUGACUAUUUAACAGUACAAGCAACAAGUGCAGCCUCAGAGAAAUCUUUUUCAACUGCCAGAUGA